CAUGGUCUGUUCAAGUACUUGGCAAGUUGACAAGCCAUGCCACACCUAAUAUCGUCAUAGCCUCGUAGUUUCAAGUAUCACUCUUGAGAAACUCGAUGAUCGUCUUGUUUUCAAGUUGGUGAUCAUCGUACUAUCGAUAAAGAAAAGUAAUCCAUGAUGUUGUUUCAUCUUAUGGUCAACAUGUGUAUCAAUGACACGGUGCUAUAUCAUGUCAACGUACCGAUACAGCAAUUGAAGCAGGGAAGACCUAACAUAUAGCUAGAUUUGAUACUAGCAUUGUAAUUUGUCUGCACUAUCGUAUAGGAAAAUAGCGAUUCAGGCUAUACUAAAUAUUGAUACUCAUUCAAUAAUGUUACUCAACUAGCGGCCUCGAUGACAUAUUUAUCAAGAGUGAUCUCUAUCACUCCGGUUGACAUAUGAUCUGAAUUUCAAUUGUGGUCAUUUCAUGGUAUAAGUUUAUGUAACGAACGAAUCAUUCGACGUCGUCAUAAUAAUGGAAUCCAUUUCGACAACGGAAUCGUCGACGUGCGGCGUAGAUCUAUCCGUUUCCGACUGCCAGGUCAUCGCAACGUUCGACACCGUCCUCUCUCCCAUUCUUCUCGGCCUCAUCGUCGUCGGCGUCCUAGCCAACUCUCUGAUGCUCUACGUGAUCAUCGCCCACCGGGAUAUGCAUACUUUCCCGAACCUGUUCGUAGCAAACCUCUGUAUGACACACUUUCUCUAUCUCACCAUCUUGGCAAUCACCGAUGUCGUAUAUUAUCUUAAGUUAGCGAUGGGGGUUCAAACGGCCAGUCUCAUAUCAUCAUCAGCUUACCUAUAUAUUUCUUUGGUGAUCACGAACAAUACUUGUGCAAUGCUUACAGCCUUGUCGAUAGAGAGAUACAUUAAGAUUAUUGUCGACCCAAAGAAAUCCGCCAAGUUCCAGAGAACGAGGGUUGCUGUUAUAUCGUGCAUCGCCGUCUGGAUAGUUUCGCUGAUCAUCUGCGCCCCCGUCUUCUACGGCAACUACUCCGACGCAGCGAGCGCGUACUCUGAUCCGCAGUACCGCGUCGCUGUCAUCAUCUCAUUCGUCUGCUCCUACAUCGCCCCUCUCCUCAUCAUCACCGUCAUCUACUUCCUAAUCAGGCACAAACUCCGUAAACGCAGAUUCGAGUCCAUGAAGAUCAAGGCCGGUGGUGCAUCGUCGAUGGAUUCGACCACGACCUCGAAGGCCGAGGAUGAUCACAAGCAUGAGUUGAAGAUCUUGAAGACAAUUGUCUUCAUCGUCAUCAUCUUCACAUUCAACUUCGGAUGUCUUUACAUUACGAGUAUUGUUCUCAUGGUUCUACCUCUUGACAAGCUAACAGAGGAGAUCGCUUCCCAGGUGAGUGAGACGGUAGCCAUCAUGACAGCCAGCCUCCACCCGAUCGUUUACGGGAUGACACACCCGAGCUUCAACCCCCAUGUCAAACGACUCAUCCUCUGUCGCGAAGAAUGGUGCCUACGCUGUCGAAGAGGCGAAUGUGCCUGCAGUCGAUGCUGUCGUAGUGGUCGGCCAACAUCGCUCCGUAGCGUCAUGAGGAAAGGAAGUGCGCUGGACGGUACCAUCAAUGCGAAUGACGAGUUCGUGCUCGUCGAACGGUUCGAGGCUGAGCAAUCACGUCAGCGGCAGGAAAAUAUAUGACAUAUUUUUU